AUGCUGAAGAACAAUAUUUGAUGAUAUUUUCCCCUUCCAAUGAAUAAAGUGAAGUAAAGCAGCAUCAUAUCCAUGAAAGUGAAGAUUUUUCUUAGGGGAUUUUGCACGUACAAAAUGGAACUUGAUCAGAGAAGGUAGAGAUAACAACUUACAGUCGCUGAAUACGGCGUGAUAUAGCAUGCUGCCAAGUGAUCAAGCUUUUACAGAGUACUUACUGAUUAAUUUUUCUACACAUUACAAUUUUUUUUUAAUAGUUGAAAAAAAAGGAACCUUCACUUUCACUCAUCAAAGUGCAAUUCCAUCACAAGAAAUUGUGCGUAGAACACAGCAAACAGGAUUCACCUUUCCACACGGAUCUGGACGGCGUCGUCCGCACACGCCGGAAAACUUCAAAUUCCGCCGGAUUGAUGCAGUUUCACCGCUGUAUGCGUACAUAUCAAUCUGCAUUCCCACGCGCAACUGAAAAGGCAUUCGAUGAUCUCCUCUCUCUCUCUCUCUCUCUCUCUAUCUGAACAAUUUUCAGUUUAUUUAGUUUCGCGGAAUUCCAAAAUGCUUGAUUUAGGCAUGAUUGGAUUACUUCCCAAGCGUGGCACCGCGCGUGGUGGGAGUUCAUAUUUGAACCGUUGGAUCUAACCGGCAAAAGGAUCCGACCCGUCGGGAGUUUGCUGCUCAUCAAUUAUCAUCGAUCUUAGCUCUCUCUCUCUCCACACACAUACAGACAUACAGUCAUACGUUCUUCUCGUUCAUAACCAAUAUUACAGAGCAGAACAACUGAAUUUCAAACUUUCCUUCAUCUAUCGGCUGAAUAAACUUCCAAAAUGAGAAGGCUGGGGCAUCGACACCAAUCAAAGCAAUCCGGAGUUAAGGGCAUGUUUGGAAGACUAUCGUUUGCUGUAAUCGUUCUGGUGAUCUGUACUGUUUCGCUAUGGUCCACUGUAAAAAGCACCACGCGAUCCAUCUCUCGAUCCGAGAUUGAAGUUGAUGCACUUUGGGAUACAGCUGCUUCUGGUGGAUGGAGGCCAUCAUCUGCUCCGAGAUCUGAUUGGCCCCCUCCUCCAGCAGAAACUAAUGGGUACUUACGAGUUCGUUGUAAUGGUGGCCUCAAUCAGCAAAGAAGUGCGAUCUGUAAUGCUGUGCUAGCUGCUCGAAUCAUGAAUGCUACUCUUGUGCUUCCUGAACUGGAUGCAAAUUCCUUCUGGCAUGAUGACAGUGGUUUUCAUGGUGUUUAUGAUGUCGAGCAUUUUAUCAAGUCACUGAGAUAUGAUGUACGAAUAGUAGAAAGCAUUCCGGAAGUCAAGAAAAAUGGGAAGACCAGGAAGCUGAAAGCUUUUCAGAUACGGCCUCCUAGAGAUGCUUCCGUCAGUUGGUAUACAACAGAUGCUUUAGCAAAGAUGAAAGAGCAUGGUGCUAUUUAUCUUACACCAUUCUCACAUCGUUUGGCAGAAGAGAUCGAUAACCCUGAGUACCAGCGCCUAAGGUGCAGAGUGAAUUAUCAUGCCUUACGGUUUAAGCCUCACAUUAUGGAGCUCAGCAACUCAACUGUGAAUAGACUCCGUGCACAAGGUCAUUUCAUGGCCAUACAUCUUCGAUUUGAGAUGGAUAUGCUGUCAUUUGCUGGGUGUUUUGAUAUUUUUACUCCUGAAGAACAAAAGGUCCUGAAGAAAUACAGGGAGGAAAAUUUUGCACCAAAAAAACUUGUUUACAGCGAGAGAAGGGCGAUUGGAAAAUGUCCUCUAACUCCAGAAGAGGUUGGUCUGAUCUUGCAAUCUAUGGGUUUUGACAACUCGACCAGAAUAUUCCUUGCAGCUGGUGAACUUUUUGGUGGUGAACGGUUUAUGAAGCCUUUUCGGUCUUUGUUCCCUCGCCUUGAGAACCACAUAUCAUUAGACACCAGUGGUGAACUUGGCAAGAAUAGUCGUGGUUUGGUGGGGUCUGCUGUAGAUUAUAUGAUCUGUCUGCUCUCAGACAUAUUCAUGCCAACAUAUGAUGGGCCCAGCAACUUCGCAAAUAAUCUGCUUGGCCACCGCCUAUAUUAUGGUUUCCGUACAAACAUAAUACCUGACAGAAAAGCGCUUGCUCCUAUCUUCAUUGAGAGGGAGAAGGGGCAUCCAGCUGAUUUUGAAGAAUCUGUUAGGCGCGUGCAAAACACGAACUUUGGCGGGCCUCACAAGCGGGUCCAGCCUGAGUCAUUUUACACAAAUUCAUGGCCAGAGUGCUUUUGUCAGAUGUCAGCAGCCAAUCCAGCCGACAAAUGUCCACCCGAUAAUGUCCUGGAUAUCUUGGACAGCCAGUUUGCUAAAGGAGGAAACGAUGAUCCAGAAUCUGCCACUUCAAACUCAACAUCCGUCGUUGGAAAGUAGGAUUAGAUAUGAACACUAAUUGGGACAAGUCCAUAAUCCCUAGAGCUAUAUCAUGACGCCCAAAUGCAGCUAUUGGUGGUAUUCUAAUUUGGCUCUGCAGGUACUCCAAUUCUUCUGUUACUUUUUACAUCUUAUAGAGAUCAAUACUUCAUCCGUUCACGAAAAAAAUGCCACAAUUUUGUUUUCGGUCCGUCCACUACUCACCACACAUUAAAAGAGGGACCCUUACUCCAUUCUCACACCACCAACUAUUAUAUCAAGACCGAUGGCAUCCACAACGUGACAAUUUUUCGGACGGAAGAAAUACGUUGUGCGAUGCUUUUGUCUAUUGGCCGAUUGUAUCUUUGGCAUUCUUUACGUUGUUGCAGUCAAUUAGCUUCGGAAGCUCUACAUGGACUGAGCCGGCGGGUGAAGUAGAGGAGAGUUCAGAGUGUAAGCAUUUUUUUACUGAAUCUGGGAAAGUGUUCGUUUAGGAUGAUUUUUAAUGGAGUUUGUGGUGCUUAUUCAAGUUUAUUCUAAUCUGCCUUGCAUUCUUUCUUUCUUUCUUCUGGGUGAAAUAGUGAGUUUUUCAAAGAAUAUGAACUCGACUGUUGUAUUCUUCCUGGUUCGACCACUAUAUCCAACAUCAUCACCUAUAUGAACUCGACUAUCAUUUGACUUAUUUAAGGCAGUUUUUAUUUUAA